AUGGGUAUCAAUGGGCUGUGGAACGUCUUGGGUGACGGCGAGGUCUGGCAUGUCGCCGACUAUGCUGCCAAACAUUUCAAGGAAACCGGGAGACCUCUGCGGAUCGCCGUCGACGAGGCAACAUGGCGCUUCGCUAAUCUCACGCCCGAAAAAGUCGAGGAAAUCCGACAAGGCGUACCCGCGGCAGCCCCAGCCGAAAGGACGAUUCUCUGGCGCAUCCUGCGACUCUGGAGACUCAACAUCCAGCUGCUCUUCGUCUACGAUGGCUUGAGGAAACCAGGACAGUCACGGAGGGGCGACCGGGGCGGUGGCAAAGUCGACAAAGAAUGCAUUCGCCUUCUCAAUCGCAUGUUCGACCUGCUGAAGGUUCCCUACCACCAGGCACCUGGAGAAGCAGAAGCGGAAUGUGCCAAGCUCCAGCGGUUGGGCAUCGUCGAUGCGGUAUGGAGCGACGAUGGCGACUCGUUCAUGUUCGGCUGCAAUACCUUGAUCAAGGCCCAGAGAGCCCAUGGAGAGCUGGUCAAGGAUCACAUCCGAGUCUACAAGGCGGACGCGAUGGCAGAGAAGCUGGACUUUGAUGCCGAUAGCCUGGUCUUGUUUGCGCUCUUGGCUGGCGGCGAUUACGAUCCCACUGGUCUGAGAGGGUGUGGGCCAGUGAACGCUGCUUGGGUUUGUAGGCGCUCUUUCGGCCUUGCCAAACGCAUCGUCAAUAUCUCCCCACCCCAGAUGGGGCUUUGGCGGCACUAUCUUGGGCACGCACUUCGAGACCAGAUACCACCAGACUUUCCCACUUUAGAGUCCUCGAUGGCUACAGAAGCCCGGUUGUCUCCACGGAUGAACAGUCCCGUGACCUUCGCAGCCUUCGAGGCGGCUGGGUCAAAACCAUUGACCAGCGAAGCCUUCGUGUGGAGCUGCGGCACCAUUACAACUUUCAAACUCCCAAAUACAACGUCCACCUCAAGUCGAAUAUCCGCAGGAAAAGAUGCAGCUGGCAAUCCCACCAAGUGCGAGGUGAAGAUCAUGUAUUCGGCCCACGAACUGGUCGAGAUUGAUCUGAGUGCCCAGCCACCCGAUGAAGACUGGUCCGAGUUUGCAGAGAAGGAUGGUACUCCGUACGAUCCCAGAAACAAGAUCGAAUACGAAAUGCUUGAGUGUCUCCUGCAGCACGGCCUUCCCGAAGGAUCAUGGGAUGCUCCAGCCAAGGCUAAGAAAGGCAAAGCGAGAACGUCAAAGGACGAUGGAUCUCUUGGUGAAAGUUCUGACCAGAAACAGCCUGUAGAUCAGGUAUCAACUGGUGAGCGGACCAAGGCGCCUCCGAAGAAGCGUGGGAGACCACCCAAAGACCCGUCAAAGGUGUCCACAUCGCAGCCAGCCAGGAAGAAGCGCAAAUCGAAGAGUGCAGAGGUCAAGUCACCCAGUCCGCCUCCGUCCACCUUCAGACACGUCGAACUUCCAGAUUCCCCACCGAGAUCCCGCGUUGUUGAUUUACUGGAUGAAGAUGAUGACGACCACGACUCCGAUUUGUUCUCGUCAAUACCAACCCAGCCGCCGUCAAAGAAGGUCACGCCAGCCAAAGGUCCCCCGAAGUUCCGACCUAUGAGCCCGAAGAGACCAGGACAAAAAGCGCAGAACGCUGUUCCGAGCGCAAAAGCUGCUUUCAAACACAAGUCCGCACCUUUGAAGCGCACCCCAGCCUCCCAGAUGUCAACCCUGCGAGAGGUGCCCCAGCAAGCCCGAGAUGAGAUCGCGGCUCUUGUGCCUCCUCAAGCGAAAGCACUAUCAACGUUUCCCCGGCAAAUGAGUGCCCAGAGAUCGCCCCAGCAGUUGCGACCCUCACCGCAUGAAUUUGUCCCAGGAGAGGCGAUGGAUCCAAGGACGUUGCGAGAACUGAGACUGGCAGCUAUGCAGAAUAAUGCUGCAAAUGUCUCGUUCGCGUUGGAGCCUAAAAAUCCCCGACCAAAAGCCACGACACCGUCUCUGGUCAUAGACUUGACGUGA